GCCUGUUAGACCCGCCCCCGGCCCACAAGGCUCUGCAGGGAGCGGGCCCGGGCGCGGCGCGAUCGAGGUCGGGUCGCCGUCCAGCCUGCAGCAUGAGCGCCCCCAGCGCGACCCCCAUCUUCGCGCCCGGCGAGAACUGCAGCCCCGCGUGGGGGGCGGCGCCCGCGGCCUACGACGCGGCGGACACGCACCUGCGCAUCCUGGGCAAGCCGGUGAUGGAGCGCUGGGAGACCCCCUAUAUGCACGCGCUGGCCGCCGCCGCCGCCUCCAAAGGGGGCCGGGUCCUGGAGGUGGGCUUUGGCAUGGCCAUCGCAGCGUCAAAGGUGCAGGAGGCGCCCAUUGAUGAGCAUUGGAUCAUCGAGUGCAAUGACGGCGUCUUCCAGCGGCUCCAGGACUGGGCCCCGCGGCAGACACACAAGGUCGUCCCCUUGAAAGGCCUGUGGGAGGAUGUGGCGCCCACCCUGCCUGACGGUCACUUUGAUGGGAUCCUGUACGACACGUACCCACUCUCGGAGGAGACCUGGCACACGCACCAGUUCAACUUCAUCAAGAACCACGCCUUUCGCCUGCUGAAGCCGGGGGGCAUCCUCACCUACUGCAACCUCACCUCCUGGGGGGAGCUGAUGAAGUCCAAGUACUCAGACAUCACCAUCAUGUUUGAGGUGCGCCCACCUGGAGUUCCCCAUGGGUCUCCAGGAAGUGACCUUGGAUGGGGGUGGGAAGGGGCUGCUGGAGCCACCUUGCUACCUGGGGAGGGUCCCUUCCUGACCCCCUGGAUGGGUUGGACUGUGCUGGUUCAUUUAGAAAUCAAAGUCCUUUGCCUGGCGGGGUGGCUGCCAGGAGCAGUGGCUCAGGUCUGUAAUCCCAGCACUGUGGGAGGCCGAGGUGGGCAGAUCGCUUGAGCCUAGGAGUUCAAGACCAGCCUGGGCAACAGAGAAAGACUGCAUCUUAACUAAAAAAAAAUACAAAAAACUAGCUGGGCAUGGUGGCGUGUGCCUGUACUCCCAGCUACUUGGGAGGCUGAGGUAGGGGGAUUGCUUGAGCCCAGGGGGCAGAGGUUGCAGUAAGCCAAGAUCGAACCACUGCACUCCAGCCUGGGCAACAGAGCCAGACCCUGUCUCAAGAAAAAAAAAAAAAAGGCCGGGCGCGGUGGCUCACGCUUGUAAUCCCAGCACUUUGGGAGGCCGAGGCGGGUGGAUCACAAGGUCAGGAGAUCGAGACCACGGUGAAACCCUGUCUCUACUAAAAAAUACAAAAAAAAAUUAGCCAGGCGUGGUGGCGGGCGCCUGUAGUCCCAGCUACUCGGAGAGGCUGAGGCAGGAGAAUGGCGUGAACCCGGCAGGCGGAGCUUGCAGUGAGCCGAGAUUGCGCCACUGCACUCCACCCCGGGCGACAGAGCGAGACUCCGUCUCAAAAAAAAAAAAAAAGAAAAUUAAAAAAAAAAAAAUGAGUCCGGGCGCAGUGGCUCACGCCUGUAAUCCCAGCACUUUGGGAGGCCGAGGCGGGUGGAUCAUGAGGUCAGGAGAUUGAGACCAUCUUGGCUAACACGGUGAAACCCCGUCUCUACUAAAAAUACAAAAAAUAAGCUGGGCGUGGUGGCGGGCGCCUGUAGUCCCAGCUACUCAGGAGGCUGAGGCAGGAGAAUGGCGUGAACUCAGAAGGGGGAGCUUGCAGUGAGCCGAGAUCGCGCCACUGCACUCCAGCCUGGGCGAUAGAGCGAGACUCUGUCUCAAAAAAAAAAAAAAAAUGGAAAUCAGGCUGGGCGUGGUGGCUCACACCUGUGAUCCCGGCACUUUGGAAGGCCAAGGCGGGUGGAUCACUUGAGCCCAGGAGUUUGAGCCUAGCCUGGCCAAUGUGGCGGAAUCCUAUCUCUACUAAAAAUAUAAAAGUUAGCCAGGCGUGGUGGCGGGCGCCUGUAAUUCCAGCUACUCGGGAGGCUGAGGCAUGAGAAUCACUUGAACCUGGGAGGCAGAGGCUGCUGUGAGCCGAGAUCGCACCACUGUACUCCAGCCUGGGCAACAGACCGAGACUCCAUCUCAAAAAAACAAAAACAAAAAAAAUGGAAAUCAAAGUCCCUCACCAGCUCAACAACCUCCCAUGGCUCCCCAGUGCCCUGUGGUUCCGCCCAAGCCCCGCGUGUUCCCCUCCCUCCGGCCGCCUCCACCUGGCUGUCUUCGCUGGUUCAGCAGUGCUUGUCUCACUGUUCCCUCCGCCUGGUGGAGGCGGCCUGUCUGAGAAGGGCUCUGUGUGGUUGCCCUGGGCCACUGUUGUGAGAGCCGGCUGGAUGCCUGUGGCCCUUGGGGCAGCUUUUCUUCCAAAAUGGGAACUAGUGGCCUGUGUUC